AUGGCGGCGGCGGCGGGCGGCGGCGGUUGCCCCGGGCCUGGCUCCGCGCGGGGCCGCUUCCCGGGCCGGCCGCGGGGCUCGGGCGGGGCGGGGGGCCGCGGCGGCCGCGGCAGCGGGGCCGAGAGGGUGCGGGUGGCGCUGCGGCGCGGCGGCGGCGCGGCGGGCCCGGGCGGAGCCGAGCCCGGGGAGGACACGGCCCUGCUGCGCCUGCUGGGGCUCCGCCGGGGCCUUCGCCGCCUCCGCCGCCUGUGGGCCGGCCCGCGCGCCCAGCGGGGCCGGGGCCGGGGCCGCGGCCGGGGCGGGGGCUCGAGCCGGGGCGGCGCGCCGGAGGACGAGGAGGAGGAGGCGAGCAGCGACGGGGACUCGGACGACGAGGAGUUUCAGGGUUUUCAUUCAGAUGAAGAUGUGGCCCCCAGUUCCCUGCGCUCUGCGCUCCGAUCCCAGCGAGGUCGAGCCUCCCGAGGUCGGGGCCGCAAGCUUAAGACGACUCCCCCUCCCCCUCCUCGUCUAAAUGAUGUGCCUCCUGCUCCCACAAAGACUCCUGCCCGUAAACGGGGUGAGGAGGGCACAGAACGGAUGGUGCAGGCACUGACUGAACUUCUCCGGCGGGCUCAGGCACCCCAAGCCCCCCGGAACCGGGCAUGUGAGCCCUCUGCCCCUCGUCGUUCUCGGGGACGGCCUCCAGGACGGACUGCAGGCCCUUGCAGAAAGAAGCAACAGGCAGUGGUGGUGGCAGAAGCAGCUGUGACAAUCCCCCAACCUCCUGAGCCCCCACCUCCUGUGCUUCCCGUAAAACACCGAACUGGCAGCUGGAAGUGCAAAGAGGGCCCGGGCCCAGGCCCUGGGACCUCCAAACGUGGAGGACAGUCUGGGCGAGGAGGCCGUGGAGGCAGGGGUCGAGGCCGAGGUGGGCUGCCCCUCGUGAUCAAGUUUGUUUCAAAGGCCAGAAAAGUGAAGAUGGGCCGAUUGUCCUUGGGACUUGAAUCAGGUCAGGGUCAAAAGCAACAUGAGGAAAGCUGGCAGGAUGCCCCCCAAGGAAAAGUUGGAUCUGAACAGGGAGAGAAUCCAUGCUGGAGGAAGGCCCAGAAGCUGGAGGAAGAGGGAGAGGAGGAGAGAGAAGUAAAGAAAGAGAAGGAGGAAGGGGAAGAGAAGAAAGAGAGAGCUGUAGCCGAGAAAGAGAUGGAGCUAGCUGAGGAGAAAGAAGAGUCAAAGCCAUUCGUUCCACCCCUGACUCCACUUGUCCUUCCUCCUCCCCCUCCCAUUCCCGCUCCUUCUUCUCCUCUUCCUCCUCCUCCUGCUAUUUCUCCUCCUCCUCCUCCUCCUCCUCCUUCUCCCCCCUCCACCUCGACCCCUCCUCCACCACCCUCUGUGUCCACCACACCCUUGCCAUCCCCUCUCCCACCCCCUGCUCUGGAGGAACAAGAAGAAUCCCCCUCUCCUGUGAUCCCAGCCACUUGCUCCAGGAGGAGGGGCCGCCCUCCCCUGACGCCUAGCCAGCGGGCAGAGCGGGAAGCUGCUCGGGCAGGGCCAGAGGGCACCUCACCACCUGCUCCAACCCCCAGUGCCACCACAGGAGGCCUUCUGGAAGACAGUCCCACUGUGGUUCCCAAAAGUACCACCUUCCUUAAGAACAUCCGGCAGUUUAUUAUGCCUGUGGUGAGUGCCCGCUCCUCCCGUGUCAUCAAGACACCCCGGCGCUUUAUGGAUGAAGACCCCCCAAAACCCCUGAAGGUGGAGAUCUCACCUGCUCAGAAGCUUCCUGUUGCCUUUUCCCCACUUGCCCCCCAGGAACCACCAUCAGCUCCCUCUCCACCUCGUGCCCCAACUCCCCCAUCUGUACCUGCCCCACUCCCUGAAAAACGAAGGUCUAUUCUAAGGGAACCCACGUUUCGCUGGACCUCACUCACACGGGAACUGCCCCCACCUCCUCCAGCCCCACCUCCUGCCCCUGUCACUCCACCCCGGAAGCCUCUGCUCCUUCGGGCCCCUCAGUUUACCCCAAGCGAAGCUCACUUGAAGAUCUACGAAUCGGUGCUUACCACUCCUCCUCUUGGGGCCCCAGAAGCCCCUGAGCCAGAGCCUCCUCCCGCUGAUGACUCUCCAGCUGAACCUGAGCUGCGGGCAGUGGGCCGCACCAACCACCUCAGCCUGCCUCGAUUUGCCCCUGUGGUCGCCACUCCUGCUAAGACCGAGGUGGCCCCUCCUGGGGCUCCAGUUCUGAGCAAUGGGCAGGAACCUUCCUUACAGCAGCCCCUCCAAGCCUUGCAAACACAGCUGCUGCCCCAGGCACUGCCACCACAGCAGCCACCGGUACAAGUACAGCUACCAUCGCAGCAGCCGUUGCCACUACAGCAGCCACCACAGCCACAGCAGCUGCUACCAUCGCUGGAAAAGGCCGAAAUAGCAAGCCUGGCUUCCUUACCUCUAUCUGGUGUGGAGGAAAAAAUGUUCACCCUUCUCAAGAGAGCCAAGGUGCAGCUGUUCAAGAUCGACCAGCAGCAGCAGCAGCAGCAGCAGAAGGUGGCAUCUUUGAUGCCGCCAAGUCCUGAUGGGCCCAUAGAGGAAGGCCUGGGGACUGUCAAGCAGAUUCCAGAUAGAGGUUCCGUGAAGUGUGAAGAUGACACUGUGGAAGCUAAGAGAGAGCGACCAUCGGGCCCCGAGUCCCCUGUGCAAGGUCCCCGCAUCAAGCACGUCUGCCGUCAUGCUGCUGUGGCCCUGGGUCAGGCCCGGGCCAUGGUGCCUGAAGAUGUCCCCCGCCUCAGUGCUCUCCCCCUUCGGGACCGGCAGGACCUCGCUACCGAGGAUACCUCAUCAGCAUCAGAGACCGAGAGUGUACCCUCACGGUCCCAGCGAGAAAAGGUAGAAUUAGCAGGACCUGGAGGAGACUCAGAGCCUGCAGGGUCUGCAGCGACCCUGGCUCAUACACCUCGACGCUCACUGCCUUCCCACCAUGGCAAGAAGAUGCGGAUGGCACGAUGUGGCCACUGUCGGGGCUGCCUGCGCGUGCAGGAUUGUGGGACCUGUGUUAACUGCCUGGACAAGCCCAAGUUUGGGGGUCCUAACACCAAGAAGCAGUGCUGUGUAUACCGGAGGUGCGACAAGAUAGAGGCUCGCAAGAUGGAAAGGCUGGCUAAAAAAGGCCGGACGAUAGUGAAGACGCUGCUGCCCUGGGAUUCUGAUGAAUCUCCUGAGGCCUCUCCUGGUCCUCCAGGCCCACGCCGGGGGGUGGGAGCUGGGGGGCCCCGGGAGGAGGUGGUGGCCCCCCCUGGAUCUGAGGAACAGGACUGCCUCCUACUACAACGCAAGUCAGCCCGACGCUGUGUCAAACAGCGACCCUCCUAUGAUAUCUUUGAGGACUCGGAUGACUCAGACCCUGGGGGUCCUCCUGCUCCUCGGCGUCGAACUCACCGAGAAAAUGAGUUUCAAAUGCCUGAACCCGAGGAGCAGAGCCGACCCCGCAAACCCACCUUGCAGCCCGUUUUACAGCUGAAGGCUCGGAGACGCCUGGACAAGGAUGCAUUGGCCCCUGGCUCCUUUGCUGCUUUUCCUAAUGGCUGGACUGGAAAACAGAAGUCCCCUGAUGGUGUACACCGGGUCCGUGUGGAUUUUAAGGAGGAUUGUGACCUGGAGAAUGUGUGGCUGAUGGGCGGCCUGAGCGUGCUUACCUCCGUGCCAGGGGGCCCUCCAAUGGUGUGCUUGCUGUGUGCCAGCAAAGGCCUGCAUGAGUUGGUGUUCUGCCAAGUGUGCUGUGACCCUUUCCACCCUUUCUGCUUGGAGGAAGCAGAACGACCCCUGCCCCAACAUCAUGACACCUGGUGCUGCCGCCGCUGCAAGUUCUGCCAUGUCUGUGGGCGCAAAGGCCGGGGAUCCAAGCACCUUCUAGAGUGUGAGCGCUGCCGCCAUGCUUACCACCCUGCCUGCCUGGGGCCCAGCUACCCAACCCGGGCCACCCGCAAACGACGCCACUGGAUCUGCUCAGCCUGUGUGCGCUGUAAGAGCUGCGGCGCCACUCCGGGCAAGAACUGGGACGUCGAGUGGUCUGGAGAUUACAGCCUCUGCCCCAGGUGCACCCAGCUCUUUGAGAAAGGUAACUACUGCCCGAUCUGCACCCGCUGCUAUGAAGACAACGACUAUGAGAGCAAAAUGAUGCAGUGCGCACAGUGUGACCACUGGGUGCAUGCAAAGUGCGAAGGACUCUCAGAUGAAGACUACGAAAUCCUUUCGGGGCUGCCGGACUCGGUGCUGUACACUUGCGGACCCUGUGCUGGAGAGACACACCCCCGUUGGCGAGAGGCCCUGAGCGGGGCCCUGCAGGGGGGCCUACGCCAGGUGCUCCAGGGCCUGCUGAGCUCCAAAGUGGUGGGCCCACUGCUGCUGUGCACUCAGUGUGUGCAAAACGGAAAGCAGCAGCAUCCAGGGCCCUGUGACCUACAAGCUGUGAGUCAGCGCUUCGAGGAAGGCAACUACAAAUCAGUGCACAGCUUCAUGGAGGACGUGGUGGGCAUUCUGAUGAGGCAUUCCGAGGAAGGAGAGACCCCAGAGCGCCGUGCAGGAGGCCAGACUAAGGGACUCCUACUGAAGCUGCUAGAGUCUGCGUUCGGCUGGUUCGACGCCCACGACCCCAAGUACUGGCGACGGAGUGCCCGGUUGCCAAACGGAGUCCUUCCCAAUGCUGUUUUGCCCCCAUCCCUUGACCACGUCUAUGCUCAGUGGAGACAGCAGGAACCAGAGACCCCAGAAUCUGGACAGCCUCCAGGGGACCCAUCAGCAGCGACUGCUUCCCAGGGCAAAGAUCCUGCCACUUUCUCGCACCCGGAGGACCCCCGUCAGUGUGCGCUCUGCCUCAAGUAUGGAGAUGCGGACUCGAAGGAGGCAGGACGGCUACUGUAUAUUGGGCAGAAUGAAUGGACACAUGUCAACUGUGCCAUUUGGUCAGCUGAGGUGUUUGAGGAGAAUGACGGCUCCCUCAAGAAUGUGCACGCUGCUGUGGCUCGGGGGAGGCAGAUGCGCUGUGAACUCUGCCUGAAGCCUGGAGCCACGGUGGGCUGCUGCCUGUCUUCCUGCCUCAGCAACUUCCACUUUAUGUGUGCCCGGGCCAGCUACUGCAUCUUCCAGGAUGACAAGAAAGUUUUCUGCCAGAAACACACGGACCUGCUGGAUGGCAAGGAGAUCGUGACCCCCGAUGGAUUUGAUGUUCUCCGCCGAGUCUACGUGGACUUUGAGGGCAUCAACUUCAAGCGCAAGUUUUUGACGGGGCUCGAGCCUGAUGCCAUCAAUGUGCUCAUUGGCUCGAUUCGAAUUGACUCUUUGGGUACUCUGUCGGACCUCUCAGACUGCGAGGGACGGCUCUUCCCCAUUGGCUACCAGUGUUCUCGUCUGUACUGGAGCACUGUGGAUGCUCGGCGGCGCUGCUGGUAUCGGUGCCGGAUCCUGGAGUAUCGGCCGUGGGGGCCCAGGGAAGAGCCAGUUUAUCUGGAGGCCGCUGAGGAGAACCAGACGAUUGUGCACAGCCCUGCCCCAUCCUCAGAGCCCCCAGAUCAUGUGGAACCCCCACCAGAUACAGACGCCCUUAUCUCUGGAGCUCCUGAGCACCACUCACCCAUUCAGAACCUGGACCCCCCACUUCGGCCAGAUCCAGGCAGUGUCCCUCCUCCAGCGCCCCGCUCCUUCUCAGGGGCUCGAAUCAAAGUGCCCAACUACUCGCCAUCCCGGAGGCCCUUGGGGGGUGUCUCCUUCGGACCCCUGCCUUCCCCUGGAAGUCCAUCUUCUCUGACUCAUCACAUCCCAACCGUGGGAGACCCGGACUUCCCUGCUCCCCCCAGGCGCUCUCGUCGUCCUAGUCCCCUUGCUCCCAGGCUGUCAGCAUCAAGGCGGGCCUCCUCACCACUCAGAACUUCCCCUCAGCUCAGGGUGCCCCCUCCUACCUCAGUUGUUAGAGCCCUCACACCUACCUCAGGGGAGCUGGCUCCCCCUGGGCCAGUCCCGUCUCCACCACCCUCUGAAGACCUGGGCCCAGACUUUGAGGAUAUGGAGGUGGUGUCAGGACUGAGCGCUGCUGAUCUGGACUUUGCGGCCAGCCUGCUGGGGACUGAGCCUUUCCAGGAAGAGAUUGUGGCUGCAGGGGCAGUAGGGAGCAGCCAUGGGGGCGCAGGGGACAGCUCAGAAGAGGAGGCCAGCUCCACCCACCGCUAUGUCCACUUCCCUGUGACUGUUGUAUCGAGUCCAGCUCUGGCCCCAGGCCCCCUCCCUGGAAUGCCCCGCAUCGAACAGCUCGAUGGAGUAGAUGAUGGCACGGACAGCGAAGCCGAGGCCAUCCAGCAGCCUCGAGGUCAGGGAACGCCUCCUUCAGGGCCAGGAGCAGGCCGUGCUGGAGUCAUUGGAGCCGCAGGGGACCGGGCCCGACCUCCUGAGGACUUGCCUUCUGAAAUUGUGGAUUUUGUCUUGAAGAACCUAGGUGGUCCUGGAGAAGGAGGUGCUGGGCCCAGAGAGGAGCCAAUCCCCCCAGCUCCUCCCUUGGCCAAUGGUAGCCAGGCCCCCCAGGGCUUGUCCCCUAGCCCAGCAGACCCUACCCGGACAUUUGCCUGGCUUCCGGGGGCUCCGGGGGUUCGAGUAUUGAGCCUGGGCCCUAAUCCUGAGCCCCCAAAACCUGCCACAUCUAAAAUCAUCCUUGUUAAUAAGCUGGGGCAAGUGUUUGUGAAGAUGGCAGGGGAAGGCGAGCCUGUCUCCCCCCCAGUGAAGCAGUCCCCUCUGUCCCCUCCCAUCCCUCCUACAGCCCCCACUUCCUGGACUCUGCCCCCAGGACCCCUGCUGGGUGUGUUGCCAGUCGUAGGGGUGGGGGUGGUCCGCCCUGCUCCACCCCCUCCACCUCCUCCACUGACACUGGUAUUGAGCAGUGGGCCCCCUAGCCCUCCCCGCCAGGCCAUUCGCGUCAAGAGAGUGUCCACUUUUUCUGGCCGCUCCCCACCAGCACCACCUCCAAACAAGACCCCCCGGCUGGAGGAAGAUGGGGAGUCCUUGGAAGAUAACCCCCAAGAUCCAGGGAUUAGUGGUAGCAGGUUUAGCCGAGUGCGCAUGAAAACACCUACUGUGCGUGGAGUUCUAGACCUGGAUGAGCCCAGGGAGCCCACUGGGGAGGAGAGCCCAAGGCCCCUCCAGGACAGCUCCCCUCUGCUGCCACUUCCAGAAGCUGGGCCUCCAGUAGUCUGUGAUGGCCCAUCAGACCUGCUGCUCGAGUCCCAGUGGCACCACUACUCAGGUGAAGCUUCGAGCUCUGAGGAAGAGCCUCAAUCUCCAGAAGACAAAGAGAAUCAGGCCCCGAAACGGGCUGGCCCACAUCUGCGCUUUGAGAUCAGCAGUGAGGAUGGAUUCAGUGUGGAGGCAGAAAGCUUGGAGGGGGCAUGGAGAACUCUGAUUGAGAAAGUGCAAGAGGCUCGAGGGCAUGCCCGGCUCAGGCAUCUCUCCUUUAGUGGAAUGAGUGGGGCAAGGCUCCUGGGCAUCCACCACGAUGCUGUCAUCUUCCUGGCAGAGCAACUGCCUGGGGCCCAGCGCUGCCAGCACUAUAAGUUCCGGUACCACCAGCAGGGAGAGGGCCAGGAGGAACCACCCCUGAAUCCCCAUGGGGCAGCCCGUGCUGAGGUCUAUCUCCGGAAGUGCACCUUUGACAUGUUCAACUUCCUGGCCUCUCAGCACCGUGUUCUACCUGAGGGUGCCACCUGCGAUGAAGAAGAGGAUGAGGUGCAGCUCAGGUCAACCAGACGUGCCACCAGCCUGGAGCUGCCCAUGGCCAUGCGCUUUCGCCACCUCAAGAAGACAUCCAAAGAGGCAGUGGGUGUCUACAGAUCUGCCAUCCAUGGGCGGGGCCUGUUCUGUAAGCGCAAUAUCGACGCGGGCGAGAUGGUCAUUGAAUACUCUGGUAUUGUCAUUCGCUCUGUGCUGACUGACAAGCGGGAGAAGUUCUAUGACGGGAAGGGCAUCGGGUGCUAUAUGUUCCGCAUGGAUGACUUUGAUGUAGUGGAUGCCACAAUGCACGGCAAUGCCGCCCGCUUUAUCAACCACUCGUGUGAGCCCAACUGCUUUUCGCGCGUCAUCCACGUGGAGGGCCAGAAGCACAUUGUCAUCUUUGCCUUGCGUCGCAUCCUGCGUGGUGAGGAGCUCACUUAUGACUACAAGUUCCCCAUCGAAGAUGCCAGCAACAAGCUGCCCUGCAACUGUGGCGCCAAGCGCUGUCGGCGCUUCCUAAACUGAAGCUUUGGCUGCCCAGCAAGAUAACACCAGAAUCCCUGCUGCCAUCUUACCCCGACCUGGGGACUUCCUAGUUCCUCCCAGAGCAUCUCACCCCUACUUGUGUUCAUGGUGGAUGUGGGCAUCCUAGUGGCAGCCUGUGAUGCUGUCCCCCAACCCUCUCCAGUCCACCCAGCAAUCGCCCUCUACCUACUCUGGGGGCCCAAGAUGUAGAUACUGUACAAAGGUUUCUAAAUCCCUUCUUUUCUAUGCACUUUUUUAUUUAAGAGGGUGGGAUCCCAGGUGGGAAACCCCCCACAAUAAAGUCUGUCAAUGUUUGGAAA